AUGGAGAAAGCUACUAGUGAGGUUACAGUGCAAACUGGAGACCUGUUGCCAUGUAAGAUUUGUGGAAGAACUUUCUUUCCAGCAGCGCUGAAAAAACAUGGACCCAUUUGCCAAAAAACUUCAGCCAAGAAAAGGAAGACAUUCGAUUCCAGCCGACAGAGAGCAGAAGGAACUGACAUUCCCACAGUAAAACCUCUUAAGCCACGGCCAGAACCACCCAAAAAACCUUCUAACUGGAGACGAAAGCAUGAGGAAUUUAUAGCAACUAUACGAGCAGCCAAAGGACUUAAUCUUAAAGAUGGUGGAAAACUCCCUCCACCACCUCCACCAUCAUAUGACCCUGAUUACAUUCAGUGUCCAUACUGUCAGAGGAGAUUUAAUGAAAAUGCAGCUGACAGACACAUCAAUUUCUGUAAGGAGCAAGCUGCACGUAUUACUAAUAAGGGGAAAUUGGCAGCCGAUACCAAAGGGAAGCUUCCUACUCGAACACAGUACAAACCUGCUCCAGUUAAGAAGAUGCCUUCUGUAGGAUCAACACCAUCACCAUCAUCACGCUUACCACAGCCAAGUGGUGUCAGCAAAACUGUUGUAGGUGCCUCUUCAGGUAAAGCACUGUCUUCGUCUGGAUCCAGUGGGAGCAAAAUUCAGACAUUAUCACCAGCUCAUAAAAACUCUCUGGGAACAGUGAACCCACAAACAGGAAGUGCAACAAAAACCCGGACAUCAACCCCUCCUAGUGUGGCAAGAGCCAUGAGCACGGGUGCUUUAACAAACAGAAGAAAAACCAGCAAUUCAGAUAUUUGCUUAAGGUCUGAUGGGAAAACUGGGUGUGACAGUGGAGACAGCCUAUCCUCAGUCAAUGGAGGAAGUGCAAAAAGCAGUGAAGGCAUUUCACCUGUCCAGUUAUCCAAGUUCUGCCAUGAAUGUGGAACAAAGUAUCCAGUGGAAUGGGCUAAGUUCUGCUGUGAGUGUGGAAUUCGAAGAAUGGUUGUGUGAACACAUUCUUUAAAGCAGAAAGAAAACAAGAAAUUGGAACAUCUGCUAUGUACUGUUGCAUGGAAAGCUUGAGCACUCCAUCCAGUAAGACUUCAUGCUGCAAAGAUCGAAACAUCAUUUUGUAAUUUUCUGAGUGCAAUCUUCUGGUUACACAGUUAUUUAUAAACAAUGAUAUAUACUGUAUAUAAAAAUAGCAGCUACCUAAAAACUGUGCCAUUCAAGGAAAUACUCUUUACUCUUUGUUGAAAAUAUUUAAAAUUAUGGUAAAAAUGCAUUAAGUAACCUAGGUAGCAGAAGAGGUUCAAUGUUAUGGGGUUUUUUUUUGUAAAUUCUACUAGGAAAGGAUUUUUUAAAUCUCUUAUGUAGAGUAAUGCUUACCUGUAGGGAACUAGCCAUGAACAACUUGGGCUUCAAAAGUUUCUCCAUGGAGACAUUUCCUUCAUCUAUGACAGUAACUUAGAUGCUGUGUUCAGCAUGAGACAACAUGGUCAACUCCUUAUAAAUUCCUAGGAAAAAAAUGUAAAAAGUUUGGAUCUUUAAACUCUUUAACAGUAAUAUGCUAAUUGGACUUUCCUGUUGCUUCCUAGAAAUUUUUAAAGAAUCUAAGUGGAAAGACUACCUGAGAAUUCUCUUUGCAUCUAAGAUGAAAGGCUAGAUUUUCUUUUUGUGGCUUUCCAUGUUCUGUUUUUCAGUAAAAACAUGUUAAUACUUUUAUGUAUUUAUAAGGACA